CGGCUUGUGCCACAUUCAAAGCCAUGGCGGGGGGGUUGUAACAGCAGCAGGUGUGGUUGUUAGGCUCAGAAUGUGUUGCCAGCCAGCCUUUAAAACUCAACGCCAAGUCCGCUCUUGAUAUCUAUGUCACGCAGGUGUCAACUGUCGGCUCUUGACUCCCGGACGACGUGGCUCCCUGCUUCGGCUCCAAAGACUGCCUGCUGUUGGGUGCGUCACCGUGCGUGCGCGUGUGGUGUUCGAUAAGCUUGUGAACAUGCAUGAUCAGAUUCCUGGUCAACGGUGCAGGACAACGAACUCUAAGUGACUAAGUCUCACACGAUGACCUUGUUGCGUUGUUGGUCAGGGACCGGGUUCUCGGGCCCCCUUCCUACUCCCUGUAUAUCCAGGUCGUUCGACUAGGCUAGAAACAUCGGGCUUUCGACGUUAAUCUCGGUGUCCCACACAGGUACUCGUGUAAUGUACAGCAGUCGAGCUGCAGCGCGAGGAUCUAGAGUCUCUGACUGCCUACGAGGUACAAGCGAUUUGCAGCUUAAGAGUGUCGUCCGCAAAAGCCUAAUCAGCCGGAUGCAGAUCAUGCCGGAGAUCCUGGCCGUUUCACCAUUUCACCGAGCGUUACAUUCGUUGCUGAUGAGGGCUGAUUGCAGUGGCCAGACUCAUAUCGGUCCAUAACAUGUCUUCUUGAGCAUCAUUACCAAUAUCGCCAAUAUUCAAAGUUCGGAUCACCAUCAGAUCGCCCCAUUCUACUUUCACGCACUCGGCUCAGUCCAGCAUCCCUAUACUGUCGAUACUGUCACCACGAACCAUAUGCAAGUCAUGGACUAGUCGAUGCAACGAUGAAGAGAAUACCCAUUUUUGCUGGACUGGGCUCCGAUGUGCUCUUCGAUGAUUCCACCCGAGAUCAAGCACUCCGAGACAGUAGACUCCCACGUUGCACCGUCUUGCUCGAAGCUUGCCAUCACGUCUUCCUUGAUGAAGUAUCGAGGGCUCUCUCGGAGCAUGGACAAAGUGUCGCGAUUGAUCUCGACGACUUCCAGAAGCCGCGAAAUCUGAUCGAACCAUGCCAUCGAUAUCGCGGCAACCCCACAGUCCAGAAUGCCACACUGUUUGUGGUACAGUCGCUACGCUAUCAGGCACUCGUCGAAGAAAGAGGAGAAAAUUCCCAUAUUGCCACAACAGUAGCAGUGGGCGGCUUCUGCGUCGGCCUACUGACCGCAGUCGCUGUUGCCACGUCCGCUGACGGCCUACAGUUCCUGUCGCGUGCAGAGCAAUGCUUCCGAGCCGCUGUUCUGAUCGGCCUAGCCAGCCAUCAUAUGCGAAUGAAGAUCAGUUCGUCACCAUCUGGACUUCCGUGGAGUAUCAUCGUGGCGGGCAUCGGGAACGAGGAGAUGCUCAGCGUUCUAUCGACAUAUGAGUCCCAGGAGCAGCAACUACCCAUUUUCGUCAGUUCGAUCAAUUCCGCCGCUUGUGUCACGAUCUCGGGGCCGGGUAGUGCUUUGCAACGUUUCGUAGAGUCCGGGUUACCGAGAAAAUGCAGCACGAAGUCCACCAAUAUCCAUUCGCUCUACCAUGAGAAGACUCACGGGCCUGCGCAGUCGGCUAUCGUCUUGAAGGAAAUGAGCGCUCGAAAUCUCGCAUUUCCAUCGACAAGCAGUCUUCUGGUACCACUGCUAUCUACUGUGGAUGGGUCUACAGUUACCUCUGAGUAUAGUGAAGAUGGCAGUGACCUGCUCAGAUUGGUACUGGAGAUGACACUAUCUGCCCCGACAAAUUGGAUGGCUGUGCAGGAAACGCUCCUCGAUAUUACGACACACGGCACUCCCGAUUCUCCUAUCGCCAUCUGGAAUUAUGGGCCUGGCUACGGUGCCUUGACAAGACACGAGUACAGCAAUUCGGGCGUUGAAGUCCGAGAUGUGUCGCAGUGGGCAGGGCCGAACAGCUGGACUGAAAACGACAUAGCCAUCGUGGGUGUUGGCAUUGACCUGCCGGGCGCACCGGAUAUGGACAAGCUGUGGCAAAAUCUCAUCAACGGCAUUAACAGCUGCUCUGAGCUCCCAUCUGAUCGUUUUCACAUCGAUGACUAUUAUACUGGCCAUGGUGGAAAGCCUACGAACAAAGCCCGUUCGAUGGGCACGAAAUACGGAAAUUUCCUGGACGAUCCGUUCCAAUUCGACUGUCAGCUCUUCGGUAUCAGUCCACGAGAGGCUUCCUCCAUCGAUCCUCAACAACGUCUGAUGCUGCAGACGGUCUACAGGGCGUUGGAGAACGCCGGCUAUGCUCCCGACUCCUCGCCGUCCUUUUCCAGAGAAACGUUCGGCUGCUUCGUUGGCAGCGCCACGCUGGACUACGUGGACAAUCUACGAAACAAUAUUGACGUCUACUACUCGCCAGGAACCUUGCGGGCUUUCAUUAGUGGCAGGAUCUCAUAUGCCUUUCAAUGGUCCGGACCGAGCAUAACCGUGGAUACUGCAUGCAGCAGUUCGCUCGCAGCUAUCUACCAGGCUGCCAGAGCAUUGAUUGCAGGCGAUUGUCGUGCAGCGAUCGCAGGCGGAGUGAAUGUGAUCACGAGCCCGGACAUGUAUCUGGGCCUCGACAAAGCACAUUUUCUCAGUGCCACGGGCCAGUGCAAAGCAUUUGACGAGACUGCCGAUGGCUACUGUCGAAGUGAAGGGUGUGCCUCGUUUGUACUCAAGCGCCUGGACGAUGCCAUCGUGGAGAACGAUCGAAUUCUUGGCGUGAUCAAGGGUGUUGCACUCAAUCAGUCUGGACUGACGUCUUCCAUUACGCAUCCGCACGCACCAACCCAAGAGAGACUCUUCAAGAAUUUACUCACCACUGCUGACGUGGAACCACACGAUGUGACUGUCGUGGAGGCACAUGGCACCGGCACUCAAGCAGGAGACCCGAACGAACUCAGGAGUAUACGAGGAGUCUUCGCCCAGGGACGAAGGCCGGAGAACAAGCUUCAUGUGACAUCCCUGAAGAGCAACAUCGGCCACCUGGAAGCGGCUUCAGGAGGUGCGGCAUUGGCCAAGCUACUGUUGAUGUUGCGGCACAGAAGAAUACCGCCACAGGCUCUACUCCAUAACUUGAACCCGGCAAUUGCAGAGCUAGGCACGGAUGGCACCUAUAUCACUACGGACGCCGUCGAUUGGACGGCACCAGGCAAGAGAACCGCUCUUUUGAACAACUUUGGAGCUGCAGGUUCCAACGGAGCUUUGCUGUUGCAGGAGCACAUCGACGAUGGCACGGAUCAGAUGGCUAGUCAUGAGCCCAUCGCGUAUGUCUAUGGCUGUUCGGCCAGAAACGAACAGUUGCUCGAGCGCGCUCGCGAUGAGAUGCUCAGUUUUAUCCAACACCCCCAAAAUGAGGACAUUCGACUGUCGGACAUCUGCUAUACCAGCACUGCGCGCAGAGUACUGCAAAGUCACCGACUGUCUAUAACUGCGGCCUCGCUUCCGCAACUGGUCCAUGGGCUGGAGACUGCUCGUAUUGUCGAAGUACCGGAUCAGCAGCCAUCUGUCGUCUUCCUUUUCAGUGGCCAAGGCUCGCAAUUCGUGGGUAUGGGCCAGGAUCUGCUGAGAUUGCUGCCGACUUUCCAGGAGACGGUCCUUCGCUGCCAUGAGCUUCUCCUCGGUUGGGGCCAUCCUGGUUGCUUAAACGUGAUUCAGCCUGAGAAUAAGGAAACUCUCGAUAUCCGGGACGUUUGUGUCAUGAGAUCUCUGCAGUGUGGUGUGUUCGUGCUCGAAGUGGCCUUGGCGAGGUCUCUGGUCCGGCUGGGAGUCCAGCCGGCACUGGUCGCAGGACACUCUCUCGGAGAGUUUGCAGCUCUGGUCAUUGCAGACGUGCUUGAUCUCGAGAGUGGGCUAUGGCUCGUGGCAGAGCGAGCACGUCUUAUUGUCGAGAAGUGCAAUCUGUUUCAAACCUCGAUGCUAGCCAUCAACAUGCCGGCUGCACUGGUACGGCAGGACAUACUCCGCUUGGAGCAGUUUUCCCAAGUGUCCAUAUCUUGCGAGAACUCUCCUUCCGACUGUGUCGUAGGAGGCGUUGUGGCAGACCUGGAACAACUGGAAGAGUACGUUUUGAUGGAGAGUGGAAGGAAAGCUACACGCCUCGACGUGCCAGUCGCAUACCAUUCCGCGGCUCUCGACAAGGUGCUGGAAGAACUGAAAACAGCCGCGGCGAAGCUUUCGUUCGCCGUACCAUCGAUACCGAUUGCUAGCAAUGUGCUCGGGCGAAUCGUUCAGGCAGGCGAAAGGAGCAUCUUCAACCCGGAGUAUAUCGCACGGCAUUGUAAAGAAGUGGUCGCGUUCAGCGGCAGUAUCAAAGAUGCACUUUUCCAAGACGAAGCUUUGAUGACGGCAAGAUGGAUAGAGAUUGGACCGCACCCUAUGCUUCUACCGAUGAUCGCUCAGCAUGGGAUCACCGAACGAUCGGCCCCUUUGAGGAAGAACAAGCCUGCGGAUCAGACCCUCGCAGACCUCUUCUCUUCCCUAUACCGAGACGGUCUCCCGAGAAUCGCGUGGCGGUCGCUGUUCGAGUCUCUUCCCAGCAAGCCGAAGCUCAUCGAUUUGCCCCUAUCGCCCAUGGAUCAGCAGCGGUACUUUGUGCCACUACCUCGAGAAACACCACAUCAACAGCAGCAGCAGCAGCAGCAGCAGCAAGACCAGUCAAACAUCAACCGGACCCCAUUCACGCUGCUUCGCAGUCGAGUAGACACGCUGAAUAGUUCCGAAGCGAUCUACGAGACCCCGAUACAGGAUCUGGCCACCAUGAUGAAAGGACAUUUGGUUUGUGGCACUGCUCUCUGUCCAGCUUCCGUAUACACGGAGAUGGUGCUCGCUGCCAUCACAUGUCUCCGAGGCUCUGAUGCAGAGAUGGUCGUAUUCAAACUGUCUGCUAUCAAAUUCUUGAGGCCGCUCAUUUAUAUCGAAGGGGCAACAGAUACGAUCAGGAUCACCCUCGAACGGGAGGAGACGGUGGAAGGCAUCACGCCUUUCACGGUAUCGAGCUAUGCAACGCCCAAUUCCGAUACCAAAGUCCAUUGCUCGGGAAUCAUCAAAGAGCAACCCCAAUCCCAAGCAAGUUCCAAGCUGCGGGUCAAAGAGCAGGCUCUUGCUCGGCGGAAAGUCAUGUUCCAGACGGGAGAUCAUCAGACCCUCUCGACGGCAAUCAUGUACGACAAAAUCUUCAGCAGAGUGGUCGACUACAGUUCCGUAUACCAAGGGGUGAAGAAGAUCUAUCUGGAUGGAAGCUUGGAGGAGAUCUUCGCCCGCUGUGUACUGCCGCCUGCUGAAGAGUCGUCGUACGCCGGUCAACCGAUCUUGCUGGAUACGAUGCUACAUAUCGCCGGCUUUGCCGCCAAUCUGAAUGUCGACAACGACACGGUAUGUAUUUGUCACCACAUUCAAUCAACGAUACUGUUCCGAAAGGACAUUGGCGCAGGACAGAGCUUCGACGUUCAUUGUAGCAACUUCACCAACACCGACGGCGAGAACACUAUUUUGGCAGAUGCCCAUGCCGUGGACAGAGACGGUAUCAUCGCCGUCAUUAGAGGGAUGGAAUUUCGACGAGCAAAGCUUUCGAAGCUCCGGGCAGCAUUCGAGUUCGCCUCACAAGCAGCACCAUCACGAGAAAGUAGAAACGCUCUUCUGGCCUCUUGUAAUCCCACAAGGCAACGCGAAGAGAUCCUUCCACCUGAGCCAUCAUUGAGUAUCUCAUCGAGCACUUCACCCACACGCAGCUCCAGCAGUCCCACGACCUCCCGAAGUCCAACCACGACUCAGGAUACCGUCAUCACCAUUCUCUCCGAGGCGACAGGCGUUGACCAGAAGAACAUCAACACGCGUACCACCUUGGCGGCGAUGGGGGUGGACUCCAUCAUGAUGUUUGAGCUUGAUAGGAAAUUGGAAGAAGCGAUGGAAGAACAGAAGCCUACCGUCGCCGAGCUGUCUGCAUGCAAGACCGUAGGCGACAUGGAAGCCCUGAUCAGUGCAAGUGCGUCUCGUGGUGAGAUUUCACCUGCUGUUACACGCAAAACGUCGAAGUCAGGCACAUUAUCAUCGAAGGCAUGUCCACGGAAUGCAUUAUCCCACACGAAGGCGGAAGAGCCCUCCGAGCCUCACUUAUCCGAAGAUAUGCGACAAGUUCUGCAACGUCGAUUUGGCGCCGCUCACAACACGCCCGAGCAGAUACAACGGCACAAGGACUCCUCCAAUGCUCCACCAAUCUACCUCGUCCAUCCGGGCGGUGGCUUGUGUUACGAGUACAAUCGUCUAGACUCGCUGGGAGCGAACGUCUUCACGAUUCAGGACGGUCGUCUGCUAGCCGACUGCAAAGAUGACUGGACGUCAAUCGAGGAAGCGGCCAGAGACUACUCAGCCAUGAUCAGCAGGCAUAUCUCCAAAUCUGCGACGAGAGAUAUCAUCCUUGCUGGGUGGUCAUUCGGAGGAGUCGUUGCAUUCGAGGCUGCUCGUAUAUUGCUGGGCUCAGACGAUGUCAACAUGAACAUACUAGGCGCAGUCAUGAUCGACCCGCCACCCGCACAAGACCACAUACCCAUUGCUCGCGAGACGAUCGAGCUGGCCACGGCAACGAGACGGAAGUCAUCAUCGAGACCUCGAACUCCAGAAGCUGCUGAACUCGAAAGCGCCAUCGCAAGCCUCUCCAUGCGGAACAAUCUACGUCGGGCUGCGCUACUGGGUCAAUAUCGACCCUCACGAGAGGGCCCCAUGCCGCGAAUUGUACUGUUGAUAUCUUCCCAAGGAUUGGACUUAGGCGUGGAUGGUUUACCGGAGAAUCCGUGGCUACAUGACCGAAGCGACAUCUCCAUCUGCGUCGAUGCUUGGAAGGAUCUCGUUGGUACGGGAGUCGAAGUACUAGACAUUCCAGGAGAUCAUUUUUCGCCUUUCGAGGCCGCUAAUAUUGAUGGCACGACAGUUGCCAUUCGCAAAGCAUGUCACAUGCUACGAGAUACAUAGAUAUGAGAAGAAACGAGUCAUGAUGUUUUGGUCCGGUCAGUUCGAAGAGGGGGAGGCGAUUGCAGAGCCUAGAUGGACAGCCAUCCAUAGUAUCAUCAUCUACCACGUGGCUGUCACGUCGCUCUCUCAUGGCUCUCGCUCGCAUGCCUCUCACGUGUAUGCCAGUCCUCUCAUGCAGUACUCGGUACUGUCACAUCCGUACCAUA